UCGCGCGGGUGCGGGGCGCCGAGAGCCGCGGGCGGGUCCCGGCCGAGCGCCUGGCCGCGGCGUCCGUCUGAGGGAGCCGGCCCUGAGCUGCGGCCGCCGAGCGGGGAGCUCUUCUCGAGGCGCCGAAGCGCCGGAGCCUGGAAGGCACAGGAUUGUUGUUGCCUGUGAAAUAGGGCUUUGAAUAUCUAAGAAUUCAACAAUUUUCUUUGAAAUUUCCAAAAGCUGAACAAAAGAAAUGGAGCAAGAGCCACGAGAUGGAGAACCUGCUGAAGUUAAGAUCAUCAAAGAAGCAUACAAGAAGGCCUUUUCAUUUGUUAAUAAGGGACUGAAUACAGAUGAGUUAGGUCAGAAGGAAGAAGCAAAGAACUACUAUAAGCAAGGAAUAGGAUACUUGCUCAGAGGAAUCAGCGUUUCAUCAUCAGAUCCUGAACAGAUAGGUCCUGGGUGGGAAUCUGCUAGACAGAUGCAGCAGAAAAUGAAAGAAACACUACAGAAUGUACGUACCAGGUUGGAAAUUCUAGAAAAGGGUCUUGGCACUUCUCUGCGGAAUGAUCUUCAGGAGGUGCCCAAGUUAUAUCCAGAAUUUCCACCAAAAGACAUGUCUGAAAAGUCACUGGAGCCUCAGUCCUUUAGUUCACCUCCUCAGCACAGUGAAGUAAAUGGAAAUACUUCAGUUACAAGUACAGAGUCAGUUUCCGCACCUAGUGCUUUAUCCUUCCCAUCUCACGGUCACCCAUCAGAAGCGCCUCCUGCCUAUACUCCUCAGGCUGCUGAGGGCCACUACACUGUCUCCUAUGGAACAGAAUCUGGAGAGUUUUCAUCAGUUGGGGAAAACUUUUACAGGAAUCAUUCUCAGCCACCUCCUCUUGAGACCUUAGGGCUAGAUGCAGAUGAGUUGAUUUUGAUACCAAAUGGAGUACAGAUUUUUUUUGUAAAUCCUGCAGGGGAGGUUAGUGCACCUUCAUAUCCUGGGUACCUUCGAAUCGUGAGGUUCUUGGAUAAUUCUCUUGAUACAGUUCUAAACCGUCCUCCUGGGUUUCUUCAGGUUUGUGACUGGUUGUAUCCUCUAGUUCCUGAUAGAUCUCCAGUUCUUAAAUGUACUAUAGGAGCCUACAUGUUUCCUGAUACAAUGUUACAAGCAUCAGGAUGCUUUGUGGGGGUCGUCUUGUCUUCUGAGUUACCGGAAGAUGACAGAGAACUCUUCGAGGAUCUAUUAAGACAAAUGUCUGACCUUCGGCUCCAGGCUAAUUGGGACCGGGCAGAAGGAGAAAAUGAAUUCCAAAUUCCUGGGAGAUCAAGGUGCCCCUCUGACCAAUUGAAAGAAGCCAGUGGCACUGAUGUGAGACAGUUGGACCAAGGCAAUAAGGAUGUGCGUCAUAAAGGAAAACGGGGGAAAAAGGCCAAAGGUACUUCAAAUGAAGACGUUAAUCUGAGUCACACUGUACCCUGCGAGCCUGUUUCAGAAGAAAAAACGAAGGAAUUACCUGAAUGGAGUGAGAAAGUGGCUCAAAACAUCUUGUCAGGUGCUUCCUGGGUGAGUUGGGGUUUAGUCAAAGGUGCUGAAUUUACUGGCAAAGCCAUCCAGAAAGGUGCUUCUAAACUCCGAGAACGGAUUCAACCAGAAGAAAAACCAGUGGAAGUUAGUCCAGCUGUGACCAAGGGACUUUAUAUAGCAAAGCAGGCUACCGGAGGAGCAGCAAAAGUCAGCCAGUUCCUGGUUGAUGGAGUUUGUACUGUAGCAAAUUGUGUUGGAAAGGAGUUAGCUCCACAUGUCAAGAAGCAUGGAAGCAAACUUGUUCCAGAAUCUCUUAAAAAAGACAGAAAUGGGAAGUCUACACUGGAUGGUGCUAUGGUUGUAGCAGCAAGUAGUGUUCAAGGAUUUUCAACUGUCUGGCAGGGAUUGGAAUGUGCAGCUAAAUGCAUUGUUAACAAUGUUUCAGCAGAAACUGUACAAACUGUCAGAUACAAAUAUGGGCAUACUGCAGGAGAAGCUACACACAAUGCAGUAGAUUCUGCCAUCAAUGUUGGUGUAACUGCCUACAAUAUUGACAACAUUGGCAUCAAAGCAAUGGUGAAGAAAACUGCAAAACAAACGGGACACACACUCCUUGAGGACUAUAAAAUAGUUGAUAAUUCUAAGGGGGAAAAUCAAAGAGGAGCAAGUGUAAGCAUGAAAGGGGAGAAAGAUGAGCAGACAGAGGACCUAGAGAAGAAUGGGGCAAAGAAGACAGACAAAUGACGGAAGUGCUGUGAAUUGCCUAUACCAAAGCCUUACAGAUGGAUGCAGUUUUGUUAGGCACGUGUGGAAUUCUGCACAGAUUAACCAGGAUUUUUAAAAUGUAUUCAUUCCUACAAAGUGACUAUUUCCAAAGCUCUUUAUAGCAUGUAUCCUACUUACAAGGCAAAGAAUCAGUAUUCUUGGAUCUCACCUUUAGAAAUAGUUACACUCUGAUUUUUUCCCUAAAUGUGGCUAAAAUAUUUUUGCAGUUAAAAUAAGAAUAAUAGAUGUGCUAUAUAAACCUUAUUAAACCUAAUGUUAAACUAUUUUUGUAUUUGCUGUCUUUUAGAAAGCAAAGUAGGAAAUUAUAUAUUUACAUAAAAUUUGGCGUUCCGUAAUCUUAGUUCUAUUUGUAUUGGGAAGAGUAACUUAAAAUUGUGUCCUCUUUUUGCACUAACUGUGGAUUUUUUUUUAGGUGCUUGUUGGAAUUUUCAGUGUAUAAGCUAAGCAAAAACUGUAAUCAUAAACUAAAAGAAUUAUAACAUUUAAAAGACUUUCAAAACAAAGAAUAGACUAAUCAUGAAAAAUAAAAUGUUCUAUAAAAUUAUGUUAGCUUAUCUCUUUGUUAGGAAAUAUGAUGGUCUUUUUGAUUUAAAAUGAAUACAAAUAGAUUUUUAAGUCUGGAUUUAGACUGUAAUAGAUUGAUCUAUUAGGAGCCUAGGAAAUUUGGGGGUAUGGUUGGUACUGUAUCUAAAUUCAAAGCAGCGUAAUCGGACAAAAAAGUAAUCACUUUUACCGUGUCUACUUCUGUUAAGUUUUUCAAAAGGCUAAAAUUUAAUACGAGCUCAAAUAUAAACAGUUGCAUUUAUGGAUGGUAAAUAAUUUUUAUUUUGGGAUUUUAGUUAUUGGAAUUUUAUAUAUUAAAAAGCCGAUAAAUUAAAUUAUUAGAAAGAUUUUAUUCAGUUAGGCUAAAAAAAUGUGAAGAUUUUAGGCUUAAACAAUGGUGGGUGGGCAGAACAGUGUCCACUUUGGCAGAAGACAGGAUAUUCACAGACCUAUAAGCUACAAAUAUGUAAGUAAAUAGCUAAUGGCAUUCUGUUUUUAUUUAGUGAUUUUAAAAGGCUGGUAUUGGUUUUCAUAGUAUAGUCUAAUACUUCUGAACCUCCAGUUGCUGUUCUAAUCUUUCUGAACUUCCAGUUGCUAUUCCGUUUAUUAGACUUUAUUUGAAACUAAAGAAUGCACUUUGUGAAUAAACUGUCUUUGAAUUACUUGGCCUCAGAUACAUUCACAGGUUUGUGUUUGAGAACUGAACAGGUUUGAACACAGAAUUGGUGGAGCUUUUCCCUAGGGCCAAGGAUAAUGUACUAGUUGUUAAAAUGGAAAUAAAACUGGAUUGGUAAAUA